AGACCAUUUUGGAUUCUCUCACUUGUGAUUCUCAGCUAAUCUAAUCUCAUCUGAUCAUCAAACGCAAAGAAAAAUCUUCUAAUGCCAACAAUCUUGUUAAUGGAAAACUCUUCCUCCCCAACAACCAGAAACUGCCCUGGCCCAACCCAUGCACUCUAUAAGAAGGCUAGAGCCAGCCCCAUUCGUGGAUCGCAUAACAAAUUAAGCGGCAAAAACAUGCCAAAGGUGGGGUUGAUGCUCUUGCUUGUUUCCAUGUUGGUGGCUGCUGUCCCUCGUCAUGUCAAUGCAGCCAUAACAUGCGAAGAGGUGACCUACUAUCUUAUUCCAUGCAUUGGCUAUGGUGUCUUCGGAGGGACAGUGGCUCCAAGUUGCUGCACAGGUAUCAAGACUCUGGACGCUGCUGCCAAAACCACGGAAGAUCGCAGGGAGAAAUGCAACUGCGUUAAGGAAGGUGCCGCCAGAAUCCCUGGACUCAACUACACCCGUGUUAAUGAGAUCCCUGGAUUACGUGGAACUACUUGUCCUUACAAGGUCACCCCUGAUGUGGAUUGCUCAAAGGUGAACUGAUCAACUGAGCCUGCAAGAGCUACCAAGGGUGUUCUGUCUUUUAUGAUGAAGAUGAAGUUUCUUGUAUCUACAGUAAUUUCAGUGUGAAAUUUAACAAAUAAGAUCAUGUUUGGCCAUAUUUACAGUUCAAUCUAAUAAUGAACUUAGUUUCUUUGAUCAUUGAUCAAGAA